CUGGCGCCGUGGCCGCGGACCCACCAGUCGAUUUUGCCGUGUCGGCCGACCUGGACGUGCACCUUCGUCGCUCUCCGCAACCCUGGCAAGAACAAAUCCUCAGGUCGAGCGAGUCAGGGCGCCCGCCGAUGGCGCCGCAGGUCGCGGACUGUUAAAAGUGUCAAGUUUUUCAUUCGAUCUCGGCCACAUUUUGAAUAUUUCCCGUGUUUCGUGCGGUUGGAGAAAUAUUUACUCAGCCAUGCCCUCGACGGCCGCCGUUCUGGUCUGCCUAAGUGGGCUCGCGGUCCUCGCCGCGGCCUCUGACACUCCGGAAGACGUGACCUCUGUGCCCAAACUGCAGUUCGAGGCUGCCUUUCAAGGCAAGUGCGACUCGGAUAGCCCUUGUGAGCACGUUUGCUUUGAGCUUCACGACGGAAUGUUCGAGUGUGACUGCAGAAUGGGCUACCUUCUCCACCCCAACGGCUACAGCUGUCAAGAAUUGAACACGACGUCCGAGCCAAGCAUCGAAUUGGAAAUCUCGUCGCAAGUGCUGCCCGAGGACGCGGACAAGGACGCGGAGGACAUUCUGUACUCGCGCGACGCCUCCUUUUCGGCGCACCUUGACCCGGGAAACGACCUGGCCGCCUCCACUCCGCAACCGGAGGCGGCCGACGAAAGCUCGACGCAGCCUGAGCGGGUGCGGUUCGUGCCCCCGAGCACCACCACCGCGACCCCUCAGUGUUUGCUCGAGUGCGGCGUGGGCCUUUGUUUGGACGUGGCCGCCCCCAACGGCCGCAGACAGCAGCGAUGCCAGUGCCCCCUUGGCCGCACCGGCACCCACUGCGAAAUUGACACUCUGGAAGCGCCGCGCAUCGCACGUUUCUCUGGCCAGAGCUUCUUGGCCUUUCCCGCCCUGAGGGGGGCCUACAAAGAUGUGCAGGUGACUCUGGAGUUCAAACCUGAGACCACCGACGGCGUCCUCCUGCUGGCCGCCGAGAGGGACGACAUGGCCGGUGACUUUCUGGCUCUCGUGCUCGUCGACUCUUUCCUUGAAUUCAGAUUUGACUGUGGGUCCGGGGAAGGCGGCGUUCGAUCGCCCGAGCCAGUGCUGCUCAACCAGUGGAACAAACUGACGCUCUACAGGCACAGGUGGGACGCGUGGCUGCAGCUGAACGGCGGAAAACACGUCCAGGGAAGAUCAAAGGGUCUGUUUUCACGCAUCACUUUCCGCGAGCCGCUCUUCGUGGGCGGGCCUGGCAACACGACCGGGCUGGCGGCCAAACUGGGUGCCUCGGAGGGCUUCAGGGGCUGCAUAAGACACCUGGAGCUCAACGACCAUGUCUAUGGGUUCGGACUCGCGCCCCUCGGCGACGCAUCACAAGGAUUUGAUAUUGAGGAGUGCAGUUCGGACGCGUGCAGUCGUUUGACUUGUCAACACGGCGGCAAAUGCGUUUCCACGGGCGAAAUAAUUGCGACCUCUUCAUUGGGUGCAACUGCUGUGGACGCGUCCUGCCUUUGUCCGCUUGGCUAUACAGGCACCUACUGCGAACAGCGACUUGAACUACAAGUGCCAUCUUUUAACGGCUCCAGUUUCCUGCGUUACGAAGGUUUGGGCAGCAGCGCCCUUUCCUGGCUGGAAAUCCGGCUGGUCUUCAAGCCGGAAUCGGCCGACGGCCUGCUGUUGUACAACGGCGGCCGCGCCGACGGCGUCGGCGACUUCGCGUCCCUGGCCCUCGUGGGCGGCCACCUCGAGUUCACCUUUGACCUGGGCACCGGUCCGGCCACAGUGAGGAGCAGGACUGUGGUUAGUCUUCACUCGUGGCACGAGGUGCUGGUCUCGAGAACCGGCCGCUCCGCCUGGCUCCAAUUAGACACGCAGCCACCGAGUCACGCUUCUUCCCCCGGGGCCUUCACUCAACUCAUGUUGGCGCAGAGCUUGUACGUCGGCGGCGUCCCCAGUCUCGAGAUUGUUUCGCCCAAAGCCAAGGCCAGAUCCUCAUUUGUCGGCUGCAUUCAAAAGUUGGAAAUCAACUCGAGGCCUAUUAGACUCCUCGCCUCGGCACUGUCCGGCAUGAAUGUGGUCAAUUGUGCACAUCCCUGCUCCACCAGGCCGUGCGCCAACGGUGGCCACUGCAUUCCUGACCACGAGUUCUUCUACUGCGAAUGCCCAAAAGGCUUCAAGGACGUCCACUGCGGCACUCCUGCAGGGAAAGUGGAAGAAAUCGCCAUCGAAACAACACUGAACGAGCCCAUUCCGCAGUUCACUGGCCACUCGUACUUGCACUUCACUGACCAGGAGACAAUUAAAAGGAUUGUCAGCAACAAGCUGAACAUCAACAUCAGGUUCAGGACGCAAUCGUCGGGAGGUCUGCUGUUGUGGUCAGGUCGGAGGAGUGAAUCCAGCGGAGGGGACAGUCUGGCCCUCGGAGUCAGGGCUGGGAUGCUCGAACUGCGCUACAACCUGGGAAGUGGGGAAGUGCUGCUUGUGUACAACUUCUCGAGGGUGGAUGACGGUCUCUGGCACAGGGUCAAAGCCCUAAGAAAUGAACAGGAGGGUGCUUUGAUUGUUGACAAUGGGCCAAUGGUCACUCAGAGAUCACCAGGACGGCUCCGGCAACUUAAUACUGACACUGGACUUUACAUAGGUGGUGUCGAGGAGCCGUCACGGCUACCAGCGAGCCAGUCGUGGCCAGGAUUUGUGGGAUGCGUGUCCGACUUCACGUUGGACGGCGACUAUCACGUGCCGUUGGUGCACGGCGCCGCGUCUGGCCGAAAUAUUGAGCACUGCGAGUAGGCGACCGACAGCUUUGUCAGCACCACUCACGCCUUCAUGAACUGUUCACGUCGUCGGCUAUGUUAAAUAUAUCAUUACAAGUAUAAUUAGCUCAGGAGCUUAUACAACUUGCGAGACACACACACACAAACACACGUUCACCAAAAUUAGUGACGAUUUUGCGAUUAGGGAAAGUUGCUGGAAUAUGAUUAGGCGUGACUCUCGGUUUUAGAAGAAGAAGAAAAUGUUUCACACAGACACACACACUCUUCCACACAAGAAACACGCGCACUCUAAGUAAAAAGAACAAAAAAAGUGCACUCGUCGUUGAUUUUGAUGUAAUGAACCUUUUUAAGUUAUAGGCAAGGAAAGGAGCUGAAUGUUGUGAAUUAAUUAGAAAAUGCAUUUUAAGGCAUGCCAGCAGCUCUUUUCCUUUCAAAACUACAGUCAAUUCGAGCUUGAUGGAAAUUCCAAAGAAAAAUAUUAAUAGUGUAUAAAGGAUUAUCCACGUUGGGCUCAUUUUUUUCAAAACAAAUUCAGUUGUUUUUUCUAACAAAAAAGGAAGAGAAAUAACACACUGAGCAAAUUGGCCUAAAAGUUUUUGUUUCUUCAAGCGAAGCAUUUUAUUUAUGGUGCAUUUUAAUUGUUUCUAGUACAAACAAAUCACGUUUACUUUUCUCAGAUACAUAUUUGCGCUUUCCUCAUUAUUUAUAUUCCAUACAGAUUCAUGUGCAGGAAAAAAAUGCUUAUUUACGAAAUACACAAAGGCUAAAGGAAUUUUCAGGUUUUUGCAUUUUCAACAGAGAUAUGACAAUUAGUGACACGUGACGAUUUUGAGUAAUUUAGCAGCGACUUUGUACAAUAAUUCAAAACGUCCUUUUUGAAGAGAAGUGGAUCGAGCGCGAUUUAGUUCGUAGGAGUGUGCUUUUGUCAAGGUAUCUCAUCGUCAGAUAUUAUAUCAAACUAGUGGAAACUAAGAAAUGGACCGCCGCAGUGUCGAAUGAAAACCAAGAGAGCAAAAAUUGUGCGUACAUGCUGCUUUUUUGUUGCAUAGAAUAUUGAGCUAUAACAAGUUGCAGGAAUUCCCUCGCGUCUGUGACUUUCCGUAAAACUAAAUUUCAGGAAGAAAAAAAAGAGGCAAAGACGCGUGAGAGUAUAAAAAUUAAAUUAAAAACCUUAAAUGUAUUGCACUAUUCUCGAUAAUGGACUGAAUUAGUAGGUACAAAAAUUGGCAAAGGUAUCAAUUUGAAAUUUCAUAGCAAUUGAAGAUAAAACGAAAGUGAAUUUGCUGACUUUGAACUUUAUUUCUGGAUGAAUAUUUGUUUACAAAAGUUUCCCCAGUAUAUUAAACCUGAGAUAGCCUCUUUCAAUGAAUAAAUGUAUACCAAAAAAAAAAGGAAUUUAUCAAGCAAGACCACUGUUCAUUACACCCGACCUAUAAUCAAAUCAUGUAUCACACACUUAUCAGAUAAUAUAUUAUUAAAGGCGAAUUCUGUUGUAUAUGUUGGAAAAAAUAAUGAGUUAAAGAUUGUGUAAAUAUUUAUUAAUAGAAAAAUUAUAAACAGCGUAAUAGGAAAGAUGAGUGAAAGAGCAUGUAAUGAAAGAGUGAAAGAGUGAAAGUUGAAAUAAAUAUUAUGUAAUAAAAUCAUAGAGUGUAUGUACGCAUUUUGUGCUUGGAAAAACAUAUCAUUUUGGCGAAGAGCGGGAAAUUAUCACUCUGUAUUAUGUGACUGCCUGCGUGAGAAAAUAUUACGAUGAAUAAAUAAUAAGUUCGCGCUUUGCUGCAGUUUUCUCGAUUGGGGCUCGGUAGAAAAAUCUGUGCGUCUUGGGACCAGACAAAUUACGGCAACAGAGACGAGCAAUAAAACACGUAAAAAUUAUUGCUGAGUUUUAAAAACGGAAAUUAAUAAACGAGCCCCAAAUUGCAGAGUUGGCGGGAACGGAAUCGGUUAAUUGUGAGAAUUUUCGAAGAAAAAAAUCUGAAAUUUAAAAAAAAAACUGAUUUCAAAUCUUGGCGGAAGUGUGAGAACAUACGAAAUUCCUACAAAGUGAACUUUUCUCUGGAAACAUACAAGAGCAAUUUUCAGAAAGCAUAUCAGCACACAGUUUUUAUGAUCUCUCUUUUUGCAUCAGGCAAAUUUUCCGAAAACUGUGCAAAAAAUAUGCGCAUCACUUGUAAACGGAAAGAGAUUUUGAACUGUAUAAAUUGAAUACCAAAAUUUGGUGCAGAAUUUUUCAGAAAUGGAAUGAAUAAAAAUAUGUUAUUCAGCAACAAAAACCUGUAAAAAAGUAAUACAUUUUUAUGUACGUCAAAAUAUAGAUCUCACACAGUCUCACAUUAUUUAUGACAAGUCAAAUGUUUUUAUUUUUAAAGCAGGCGCAAGAACACACUGCUCUCUGGUAAAUUAUAUAAAAAUGCUCUCUCUGCCUUAAAUAUAUCAACUGUUGUGUCUCAUUAUUUAUUGCCAUAAACUUUUCAAAUGGUGUGUAAAAAAUGAGCAUUGAAGUAAAAAAAAAUCAUCAACUCCGUGAAAUUCACUCUGUUUUGACCGAGACGUAGCUGUUGUAAAAUGACAUUAUUUAUUUUCUUCAAUACACUGAGAUGAAAGAAAAAAACAUGUAUAAAAAAAACCCACCCACAGUCUAGCUCGUGAAAAUGAACUUUUUUUGUUUGGCUCCACCUCCACCUUUAACUAAAUCGAACUAUAUGUAGAUUUUAACAACACAAAAUUGUACUGUUUACGCACUGAAGGGGCAUAAAACAGGCAACUGUAUAAUAAUUAUUGAUUACAAUCCAUUGUCAGUGCAGGUGUAUUUAGUUUAUGGAAUAACUAUUAAUGUACUUUCUUUUUAUAUUUUUUAUGGCAUGAGCAUAAUUAUAUAUUCUUGGAAAAAUAUCAACUUUUUUCUGGGAUUUGUUUUGAAAUGAUGUGUAUCUAAAUUACAACAUAACUGUUUGCCACUUUUACUUUCGUGUACAUUGUGGAG